CUGGUUCCAAACAAAACAAUUCUAAAUACCCAGACAUUGAAUAAUUAAUCAGUUACUUGAUUCAUAAUGUUUUGUUAUGACUCCACCCAAUUAAAUUUAAAAAAUUCCAGUUGGGAUUUUCAUACCGAAUCUCUUAAGUAGCAUUUAAUUUGAAAGAUAUUUUAUUAUUUUUUAUAGUUACUUGUGUAUUUAUUACUUUAGGUUUUAUUAUUAAAGUCGAAAUGUUCGUAUAAAUUAAUUUUAAAAUGUAUAAAUUCUUUUUAUUAUUGUUCGUGGUUAUCCUAAGAACUGAUGGUCAGCAUGAAUGGCAACCAAAAGAUGCAGUCGACGAAAUUCGUUUACGCUUGGACAAGAUUAAUGCAGAUAAUUGUGGUAUCCAGCCUUUGAGUGAAGUUUAUUUACCUGAAGACACUGUAUCACAUUUACCUGAUAUUAAAGAUGUAGCAAUUAAUCCUGUGUUUCCCAAUCGUACUGCUUUAUUGCACCUUAGCAAUAUGGCUUUAAAUAGAGGCUUUUUUUUUAGUUAUAUUUCUCAAGCCAGGUUUAUACGACCAGCAAUCAAUGAUACUUAUGACCCUGGAAUGAUGUAUUAUUUUCUUUCAACAGUUGCUGAUGUUUCGGCAAACUCCCAUAUUAACGCUAGUGCUAUAUAUUUUGCUCCUAAUAUGUCAUAUUCUCCAUCUUAUAGAGGAUUUUUUAAUAAGACCUUCCCUUAUUUUGCUCCAAGAACUUUUAGAGCUGAUGACUUUAACGAUCCUAUUCAUCUUGAAAAGAUUUCAACCUUAAAUACAUUUACAGUCAAAGAUUUGGGUGCAUUUUCAAAUGAGAGUCUUACACAAGAUUACACUUCUAAACAUUAUGGAAUAAAUGAAUGGUAUUCAAAAUGGCUUCCAGAUAAUGUAGUUGGUCGUCAUGAUACUAAAACUACCUAUCAAGUUGAAAUAAGGUAUGCUAAUAAUACAAAUGAAACUCAUACAUUCCAUGGUCCUCCAGGGGCUGAUGAUAUACCGGGUCCUAUCAAAUGGACUAGACCUUAUUUUGAUUGUGGACGAAGUAAUAAGUGGCUCGUUGCAGCUGUUGUACCUAUUGCUGAUAUUUAUCCCAGACAUACAGGAUUUAGACAUGUUGAAUACCCAACUUACACUGCAGUAUCAGUUGUUGAAAUGGAAUUUGAAAGAAUAGAUAUAAAUCAAUGUCCAAUAAGUGCAGGAAAUCUUGGUUCCAAUAGAUUUGCAGAUACAGCAAGAUGCAGAAAGGACACAACAUUAUGUGAACCAUUAGAUGGUUGGGGAUUUAGACGUGGUGGCUAUCAAUGUCGUUGUUUGCCACGUUAUAGAUUAGAUAAAUCAGUUCGCCGCCCUUUUCUUGGAGAAAUCAUAGAACGUGCAACUUUAGAACAGUACUACAGUGGGGUUUUUGACUGUAGUAAAGUUGGAUGGUUACACCAAAAAAUUGUUUAUCCAAGUCAACUUGAUGCAAAUCUUCGUGAGCAAUAUUUAGAAAAAAAUUUUGAAUAUAAAAAUUUCACUCCAGGCUUAGGAUCAACUAAAGAUCCUCAUAUUAAUAUUCAUGAAGUUAUAAAUUCUAUAAGAAGUGUUAAUCCUAGUAAUUGCCAUGAGUUCCGAAAAGAAGAUUUAGAACUCUUAGGUGAUUAUGGUUUUGGAGCAGAUCAACAAUAUUCUAACCAAGCUAAAAUGGCUGUACGACUUGCAAAUUUUAUUAGUGCCUUUUUACAAAUAUCUGAUCCAAAAGAAGUAUAUUCUGGUAAACGUGUUGCUGAUAAACCAUUAUCUGAAGAUGAAAUGAUUGGUGAAGCUUUGGCAAUUGUAAUGUCAGAUUUCAAAAUUUGGUCUUCUGGAAUUUAUUGGGAUAAAAAUAAGUUCCCUAAUCGUACUCUUUUUGCUCCAUAUGCAUAUAAAACAGUUAAUUUUGGGCGAAAAUAUUUUGUAGAAGAUUUAGCUAGAUUGAAUAAGUCUGAUGAAGUUUAUACAAAUUCUCCAUGGUUUACCUUCACUAAACAAAGAUGGUCUACAAAUUUUGACAAUUUAGAAAAAUAUUACGUUAAGCUUAAAUUACGUUAUGAUGAAGAUGGAAAACAAUUAAAUAAAUAUGAACACUAUCCCACUUUUUAUAGAGCUGCUCAUCUUAAUCAUGGAUAUUGGUCUUCUCCUUUUUAUGAUUGUCAUGGCAAAAUACAAGAUUGGUUUAUUCGUUAUACUGUACCAUUUUUUGGUUGGGAUAGCCUUAAAGUUAAAUUAGAAUUCAAAGGUGUAGUUGCAGUUACUAUGCCUCUUUUAAAUCUGGAUAUAAAUCAGUGUCCACAAAAGUAUUAUGAACCAAAUGCUUUUAAAGGAACUCACAAAUGUGAUCAACGCACAACAUAUUGUGUACCAAUACAAGGGAGAGGUUAUGAUACUGGUGGUUACAAAUGUGAGUGUAUACAAGGUUAUGAAUUUCCAUUUGAAGAAGAAGAUUUUACAUAUUAUGAUGGACAAAUGAUGGAAGCUGAAUUCAUGCAUAUGUAUUACAAUAAUAAAACAAGAUAUGAUACAUUUAAAUGCCGUAUUGCUGGGGCUGCUGUUCAUCCAAGUAAUAUUAUAUAUGUUUUUACGCUGGUUAUUUUAUGUAUAAUUAUGUGGAAAAAAUAGUUUUUUUUUAGAAUUUAAUGUUCAUAAAUAUCAUUAAAGUAUUGUUUUUAUGAAUUGUAUUAAAUUAUGUUUAAUUAAUACCCAUAAUGUUAAUCCUACUUUUUAUAGUUGUUUCAAUGUGACUGAAUUUUUUUUUUCUUUUUUCUAAAUUCAUUAAUUAAUUUUAAUCUUAAUAAUUAAUAUGAAAUUGAAAAGACUAGUUUAGAUGAAUUAUUUUUAUUAAUAAUUUAAUAAUAUUUUUUUUAACUCAAACUAAGCUUUUUAG